AUGAACAACGUCGUUCAGUCCUCUCUGGCAGACGUCGAAUCUAAACUCAAUUCGCUCUUGACUACCCUCACCCACUCCCCCGCUGCCGCCGGAGCUCCAGCAGCGGCCGUCGCCCUACUCAAUGCCGACGACACAUUAACCUCCUCUAUCGAAACCCUCAGGCGACACCAAGAGAAUUAUGCAAAGAUUUUAAACCUACGAAACGAGGCAGAACAAUUGGAAACUCGCGUCAAGGCUAUUGUCGGUGAUCUUGAAAGAUUCGAUAGAGAAAUCCACACAGCCUGCGACGACGAAAGUGACUCGGACUCGGACUCGGACGAACAAAACAACCCUCGGGGCUCCAAACCCCUGUCGCGAAAAGAAAUCGAUUACCGUUUACUGCUGGACUUUGCGCGCCGCAUUAGCAAAUAUAACCAUGAAGCCGCGGCGGAUGCUGCGAAUGGCGCAGUAGGGAAGGGCCAAACUACACGCCAACAGCUUCCGGACAAGGAUGUGCAAAUGUCAGGGAUAAAUGAAGAUUCUACUGCAGAGUAUGGGAAGGAACCUGUGUCUUCAGUGACCAAAAACGCAACUCAGUGGCUGGACGACUCGGCAAACGUUACCCGCGAGGCGUAUAUGAUGCCCUAUCCAAUGGAGGAUCGCAUCCGGAUGGGAUUGAUGGGACAAGUUCAGCUGGCGGCUGGCCAAGACCCAGACAAAGAGGUGGAGCGAUUGAUCCGAGAGGCAGAGGGGCUCGGGGUAGCAGAAGCCCCUGCGCCGGUCCCAACAACGGAUACGAGACAAGACGAGGCCGCGAAAGCUGCAGCCCAGGCUGGCUCCGUUGCUGCUAGUGUUCCACGCCCGCCACCAGUUGCUGCACCUGCGCCUGCACCUGCGCCCAAACCCAAACCCAAAGGUCUUUUGGACCUCGACCUCUACGACCCUGAUGAUGACGAUGACUGA